UCCUUCGGGGGGUCAUGAGUUUUGUUAUGUUAACAUCUGGCCUUCCAUCUCUGUUUUUCAUCUCCGCUCAACACGUUUCCCAUGGCUCCAGUUUCUCUCUCUUCUCUCUCUUCUCUCUCUCAUCCGCCUUCAGUUGUUGUUCCUUCUCCUUGUCUGCAACUUUGCCGGCGAAUCUUACUUCCCCGUAGAACGCCUUCUUGUUCCUCCUCCGCUUCGAUUCCGACGACGUCUUCGUCAAUUUCGGCGCCUAAAGUAGUGGUUACGAGAGAGCGCGGCAAGAACGGCAAGCUCGUUAACGCUCUGGCAAAACAUGGGAUAAACUGUUUGGAGCUUCCCCUCAUCCAACACAGGCAAGGUCCUGACUUGAAUAGACUACAUUCUGUACUUGGUGAUUCUGUAUUUGACUGGAUUGUUAUAACUUCCCCUGAAGCUGGCUUGGUGUUCCUAGAGGCAUGGAAGGCUGCUGGAAUGCCAAAAGUUAGAAUAGGUGUUGUGGGAGCUGGUACGGCUAACAUUUUUGAGGACGUGUUGCAAUCAUCAAAUCAACUGCUUGAUGUGGCCUUUGCACCCUCAAAAGCAAUAGGCAAGGUCUUGGCUUCCGAGCUUCCAAAGUUAGGGGAUACGAAGUGCAGAGUCUUAUAUCCUGCUUCUACUAAAGCAAGCAAUGAUAUUGAGGAAGCCCUUUCGAAUCGUGGAUUUGAGGUCAUGAGGCUUAAUACAUACACUACGGCACCCGUUGAUUACGUUGAUCAAACAGUUCUAGAGCAGGCACGUUCAUUGCCUGUCGUCACAGUGGCUUCACCUUCUGCAGUUCGCGCAUGGGUCAAUCUUAUUUCAGAGCCAAACGAGUGGGAAAAAUCACUUGCCUGCAUUGGAGAAACAACUGCUGCAGCUGCAGAAAGAUUUGGAUUGAAAAAUGUUUACUACCCCAAGAAUCCUGGCCUUGAAGGGUGGGUUGAUAGUAUAUUGGAAGCACUAAGAACAGAAGCUCAAGUCGUUUAGGUCAUUUUCCGGACUAGAAAAUCAUCUACACUUCUUUUCCACAAUUUAAGGCAGAUCCAGGCGGAGGCAACAAUUGGUUGAAAAACAAAGCAUCUCAACCACUCCAUCUUCAUGUGAGGAUCAUUGUCCAUUUGCCUGAGUUUUUAUUCAAGGUAAGCCAAAAUGAAGUUUUUUCUGUAGUCCUACAUAAAAUUAUCCCAUUGUAUGUCCACUUCGAUAUCAAAUAAUUAAUGACCCUUGUCCUGUUCUUUUUGUUGUUAAUAGAAUGUAAAUGCUCUUCAAUGGAAUAGGUUCUGCUUCAUUCUCCAAAAUCCCUCUUUUUCUCUCUUUUCUUUUUCCGAACUUUAGUUUGAAGUUUAGUCACUUCGAUUA